AUGGUUCGAAAUAAAUACACAUUAACCACCGCUGGCAAGUCGCCCAGUAAGAAAUCUCGCACCGGUAGCAUCAGCAAGCAACACGACGCCAGCGACGACGGCGAGACCGGCAAUCUGGACAGCGGAAGUGCAAGCGGAGGUCCUGUAGGAGGCGGAACCGAUUCGAGCGCCAAACGAUGUGACGGCAGUUCGGUGCAUAAGCAAAACCUUUACAUCAUUUCGUUUCCCGUUAUCUUUGUGUUCAACGUUCUGCGUUCGCUAUUGUAUCAGUUGUUUAUCGUUUUUCGUUACGUUUACAACUUUACUACCAAAGUUGUGUACAAACCGGUGAAGAAGGAGUGUGGUCUUGAAAUCGUCAUAAAUACCGAGCAGCAGCAACAACAACAUCAGUACAGUCUGCUACAGCAAGAACAACAACAAGGCGUAACAGAUUCAAACCUGCAAGCAGGACACCCAUUGCAAUCGUCGCAAAGUGGCGUAUUGGUCCACAGUGAAGGUCGCGAAAUGUCAAUCCAGCGAUCGGCAAGCGGAAGUCAAGUUGGUCCCGGAGAUCCGUUGUUGGCUAAGCAGAAGCACCAUCAUCGCCGAGCUUUCGAAUACAUUUCAAAGGCGCUUAAAAUUGAUGAAGACAAUGAAGAUCAAAAGGAACUGGCCAUCGAACUGUACCGGAAAGGCAUUCUCGAGUUGGAGCGUGGCAUUGCCGUAGAAUGCUGGGGUGGACGUGGUGAGGUUUGGGAGCGAGCACAGCGGCUGCACGAUAAAAUGCAAACCAACCUCUCAAUGGCACGCGACCGUUUGCAGUUCCUGGCAUCCGGCCGGAAAUUAACCGUCGGCUACAAGCGUCCCGGUAAUCUGGGAGUGAUGAAUAAAUCGCAAACCCUGCCACGCAGCAUGGGCGGCUCCCGUACGACCCCGACCGGCGGCGGUGUGGGUAGCAUGCCAAAAAUUGUGCCAAAACCGGCAGCAACGCCCCCUGCCAUCAGGCGCCAGUUUUCGAAUACGCCACCUCCACGUUCCAAAACUCCACUCGCCGGUCAGCAACAACCCCAACAGCAACCACAAAUUUCCGUCAAGGGCGUUGAACCGAAGCUUGUACAAAUCAUCAUGGACGAGAUUGUGGAGGGCGGUGCUAAGGUUCAGUGGCAAGAUAUUGCGGGCCAGGAGGUAGCGAAACAAGCACUGCAGGAGAUGGUUAUUCUGCCCUCGGUGCGGCCAGAACUCUUCACUGGGCUGCGUACGCCUGCCAAAGGGCUACUGCUGUUCGGACCCCCGGGCAACGGGAAAACGUUACUUGCUCGAGCCGUCGCCACCGAAUGCUCCGCUACGUUCUUCAGCAUCUCGGCCGCAACCCUAACGAGCAAGUACGUUGGCGAUGGUGAAAAGCUUGUUCGUGCACUGUUUGCCGUAGCACGUGAACUACAGCCGUCGAUUAUCUUUAUCGACGAGGUCGACUCGGUACUGUCGGAGCGUAGCAGCAACGAGCAUGAGGCUACGCGCCGGCUAAAGACCGAAUUUUUGGUACAGUUCGACGGUCUGCCCGCCAACUCAGAGGCGGACAAAAUAGUAGUAAUGGCCGCGACCAAUCGUCCCCAAGAGCUAGAUGAGGCUGCUCUGCGUCGGUUUCCGAAGCGCGUGUACGUUACACUUCCCGAUCGCGACACACGUGAUCUGUUGCUCAGACGAUUGCUGCAGAAGCAAGGCAGUCCGCUAAGUGAUGCCGAUUUGGCACAUUUAGCACAGCUUACCGACGGUUACUCAGGAUCGGAUUUGACAGCACUGGCACGAGAUGCUGCUCUGGAACCAAUUCGAGAGCUUAACGUGGAGGAGGUUAAAAAUAUGGAUCCUACCAAGCUACGCAGCAUCCGGGAGAGUGAUUUCCAUAACUCGCUCAAACGCAUUCGACGUUCCGUGGCACCGCAAAGUUUAGCUGCGUAUGAGAAGUGGUUACAGGACUUUGGUGAUGUUACACUCUAA